CCCGAUCAUUAGCGAAUGCUUUGACACAGAUUUUGGAGCAACAACUAUCGGCACGGUUGAUGCGAAAGGUGGCCUCAAGCAAGCGGAAACUGAGCUGAAAUGAUCAAUAGGUUUCGCUGUGCCACUCGAGUGCCAGGGCGUAUUGCCGUAGGAUGGUCGUUGCCAAUGGUUGCAACGGCAGGCAUUGGUCUCAUAGCUUACGGAAAUUCGUUUCAGCAAAUAUACACGCGAUCAGAAGCCAGUUCGAGUAACGAUAACAAUGAGACGACGAGCAAGGAGACGCUGGAGAAACCAACCACCGGACGAUUCGAAUCGUCUUGGAUAAAGGGAUCAAUCGAAGGCGUCAUCAAUCAGGCAGUUGGAACAGUGGCGUCAUUGACCUCGAAUACGAAUGACGCUCGAAAUUCAGCUGGCUCGAAACCGGAAGACACAGAUACCUACCAAAACAUGGGAAAGAUGCUGACGAAGUUAUUGUUACCUAGUAGUAGUACGACGUCGCUUAGUGAUGUUUUGCAAGAAGUUCAGUCUAUGAGCGGACGAGGCGACAUCCAGGAUGCUUCUACUGUGGUGGAAGUUCUUGAUGUCGCCAAACGAUGCCAAAAAAUGUUGGAUUCGAAACUCGGCGAAUUUUUCGGCACAGAUGGGUUUCCCCCACUCCAGCUACAACAAUUGUUUUACUUCAUCGAGAGAGAAGACGAGGUGAAAAAUCCUUCCUGGAAACGGCGCAGACAUUAUUUCUUUCCCGGUAUUGAUAUGAAGCAAAUGGAAGACUUAAAUGAAAAAUUGAAAUUGACAGAUUUGGCAUACGCGGAUACGGAGGAUGAAGUUCGGGACCGCCUACAAAAAGAAUAUAAUUCUGAACUUGUCUACUGUUCCCUGGACGGCUUGCCCAAUAAACCAGCACACUUCAUCGCGGUAGAAAGAGAUCAGUCACCAUGGAACACAGAACUCGAAGUGCUCUUGGUUGUGUGUGGAACAAAGCGCAUCACUGACGUCAUCACCGACUUGCUCUGUGUUGCGGAACCGUACCGGGAUGGCUAUGCUCAUUCUGGAAUUUGCGAGAGCGGUCGGUGGAUAGCCAGAAAACACGUCAAACUUUUCGAAAAAAUACGACUGCUCAGCAACAAGAAAAAGAUAAAGCUUACGCUCCUUGGUCAUAGUUUAGGGGCGGGCGCAGCAACAAGUAUGUUAUCGAUUCACCGCGGAUGCAUGUUUUUUUUUUGGAUUUCUCACCUUUCGUUUUGAUUUUCAAUUUUUUGCAGUUGCUGGAAUCGAACUGAAUGGCGACCCAUUUAUUGAUGUUGAGGUCGUUGGAUUCGGCUGUCCAGCGUUGUUGUCACCAGAAUUGUCCACUUCGUAUGAGCACAUUGUAACAACUGUUAUUGGAGACAACGACUGCGUGCCUCGCAUGAGCAUGGCAACCAUGGUAAAUACGCUCUUAGACAUGGCAGAAUUUGAUUAUACCCCGUUUGCACUCCGUGACAUUGAGGAAACCGUCAACGAAUUAGAACGUUUCCUGCCGUCAAUUGUGGACGGCUCGGUGAAACGCAAGGUUUUAAACAAUCUCAACGGGUUCUUGCCCGAUGUCUCGCCAAACGGUGGCGACGAAAUUAGUAAACGAAUGGAGGUAGUUUUGUUUCCCCCGGGGCGUUGUAUUCAUUUUUACAGCGACGGCUUUGGGACUUCUGGGUCGGUGGUCCCGUGCACAUUUUUCGAUGAACUCGAUAUCAACCGCAGACUUUUACACGACCAUCUCAUUAAAGAUGGUUAUCAAAAGAUUUUUCUGGAUGUAAUGAGACAGUACAAGAACGACAACCACUACAGCUUUAAUGAGGAGAAGAAAUAACGAAAAAAAUGCUGGAAAAUUCCACGUUA